CUGAACGUUCAGGCGGUAGCCCUUGCGGAAUCCAAACCCAUCCAUUUGGAUUUAACGUUAUUAUAGUAUAAAGUUGAACUAAGUAAUCAACAAAAUGCCCCCUAAGUUUGACCCAAAUGAAAUUAAAAUCGUGAAUUUGCGAUGUGUCGGCGGGGAAGUCGGUGCCACAUCAUCUUUGGCCCCUAAAAUCGGUCCUCUUGGUCUGUCUCCUAAAAAGGUGGGUGAUGACAUUGCCAAGGCCACAAGUGACUGGAAGGGUCUCAAGAUCACUGUGCAGCUGACAGUUCAAAACAGACAAGCCCAGAUAGCUGUUGUUCCCUCUGCAGCAGCCCUUAUCAUCAGAGCCCUUAAGGAGCCUCCUCGUGACCGUAAAAAGCAGAAAAAUAUCAAACACAACGGCAACAUCUCCCUUGAAGAUGUAAUCGGCAUUGCGAAGAUCAUGAGAAACAGAUCAAUGGCCCGGUACCUUUCUGGCUCAGUAAAAGAGAUUCUUGGCACAGCACAGUCAGUUGGAUGUACUGUGGAGGGCAGGCCGCCACAUGAUCUUAUUGAUGACAUCAACAGCGGAGCUUUGACCAUUGAUGAAUAAAUGUUUC